UUCCUUUAUCCCUUUUUCUUGGAAUUUACAAGCCUUGAUCAACCGAGAGAAAAAAUAUCAAACAAGAAUUAAACGUGGUGAAAUCUUGUUGCAAUCUACUCUCUACUCUGUAGUUUUCCUUGUAUCUGUCUGGUUCAGGUUUCUCUAUCCAAGUACAAGAAGCUUAAAUAGCCAUAGUGGUGUUGCAGUUUAGAUGGCAGUAACAGCAGAUUACCAAGUCCAGUUUCCCGAAAACGAUGAUAUAUACUCUAUACUAGCAGCUGAAGGGAUUGAGUUCCUUUUGUCACAUAGUGGAGAGGUGCCACUGGAAUACAUUCACGGCAAAACGAUCUGUCUCUUCUUCUCUGCAAACUGGUGCAGACCAUGCAAGGACUUCACUCCAGAACUGGUAAAACUAUACGAGAGUCUCCAGAAGCGAGGAGAAGAACUCGAGAUCAUCUUUGUCUCGUUUGAUCAUGAUAUGACUUCGUUCUACGAACACUUCUGGUCCAUGUCAUGGCUCGCGGUUCCUUUCAGUUUAAGCCUACGCAACAAGUUAAUUGACAAGUACAGGGUUGCUCGUAUCCCGUCGCUUGUUCCUCUAUAUCCAGACGAGAUCUCGGUUGAUGACGACGUUAUUGGUCUGAUUGAAGACUAUGGUCCUGAAGCAUUUCCUUUCACUAAGAAGAGAAAAGAAGAACUCAAAGCUAUUGAUGACGCCAAGCGCGUUGGAGGACAGCUAGAGAAACUCCUUGCCCAUGAGUCCCGAAAUUACAUUGUUUCUAGAAAUGGAAGUAAGGUACUAGUAUCUGAGCUUGUGGGGAAGACCAUAGGUUUAUACUUUGGUGCACACUGGUGUCCGCCUUUUAGAUCCUUCACUUCUCAGCUCAUAGAUGUGUACAACGAGCUUGCUACCUCCACAAAAGGCUCCUUCGAAGUCAUCUUAGUCUCAACAGACAGAGACUCGAGAGAGUUCAACAUCAACAUGACCAACAUGCCGUGGCUUGCAAUCCCUUACGAGGACAGAAGAACAAGACAAGAUCUCUGUAGAAUCUUCAACAUCAAACUCAUACCUGCAUUGGUCAUCAUAGGACCCGAAGGGAAAACGGUGAACACGAACGCGAGAGAAAUGGUGUCGCUGUACGGAUCAAGGAGUUAUCCGUUCACGGAGUCGAGGAUCGUUGAGUUGGAAGCUUGUUUGAAGAAAGAAGGGGACUCGUUUCCGAGGAAAGUGAAAGAUGAGAAACAUGCGCAUGAGCUGAAGCUGGAUAUGGCCAAGGGUUAUGUGUGUGAUUUCUGUAAGAAGCAAGGUAAGUUUUGGGCGUUUUCUUGUGAUGCUUGCGAUUAUGAUCUUCAUCCUACUUGUGUGGAAGAACAAGAAGCAUCGUUGGUUUAGGAAAAGAGAAAGCCUUAUAGUGAUUUGUAUUAAAAGAUUUUGUGAUUUUUAGUAAACAUCAAGAUCUGUUAUGUUCUGAAA